GAGGCGACGUCCGCGCACUGGGUGAGUGAGGCGCAGCGGGGCAUCGAGGCUCGCCUGCAGUACUCCGCGCCGCGGGGCUCGGCGAGGAACGUGGUCAUGUUCCUCGGGGACGGCAUGUCCAUACCCACGCUGGCGGCCGCGCGCACGCUGCUGGGCCAGCGCGAGAACCACACCGGGGAGGAAUCGCAUCUGUUUUUUGAGACCUUCCCCACCAUUGGACUCGCUAAGACGUACUGUGUAGAUUCCCAAAUCCCAGAUUCAGCGUGUACUGCAACUGCUUAUUUGUGUGGUGUGAAAGCGAAUCGUGGUACACUUGGUGUGACAGCAGAAGUUCCGCGCUGGGAUUGUCCAGCUUCUGUUGACACUUCUUCCCAUUUGGAAUCUAUCGCUGCGUGGGCACUUGCUGAUGGUCGUGAUGCUGGUAUCGUAACUACGGCGCGUGUGACGCACGCCUCGCCUGCAGGAGCGUAUGCAAACAUUGCAAACAGAGACUGGGAAAACGAUGCCGAGGUCCGCGCGGAUCAGCACGACCCUGAAUUAUGUCGAGAUAUUGCCUAUCAGCUUGUUCACACGUAUCCUGGAAAUCAGUUUAAAGUUAUUCUAGGCGGAGGUCGUCGUGAGUUUUUGCCGAAUGACGUCGUAGAUGAAGAAGGUACUACCGGCAGAAGGUUAGAUGGUCGUCACUUAAUAGAAGAAUGGCAAAUGGACAAAAUUAUGCGUAACGUUAGCUACCAGUACGUAUGGAACCGAGAACAAUUACUUAGUGUGGACAAUGAUUUACCGGACUAUCUAUUAGGCUUGUUUGAAGCGAGUCACCUGCAAUAUAACCUGCAAGCAAACAAUUACACCGAGCCCACACUUGCGGAGUUAACGGAAACUGCGAUUCGUUCACUUAGUCGCAAUAAGAAAGGUUUCUUCUUAUUCGUGGAGGGAGGACGUAUCGACCACGCUCAUCAUGAGAACCAAGUAGAACUAGCGCUGGACGAGACCAUCGAGUUAAGCAAAGCCGUGAACCGCGCUGCUGAGCUGUUAUCCGAAGACGAUUCAUUGAUUGUCGUGACAUCCGACCACGCGCAUGUCAUGAGUUUUAACGGAUACACUCACCGCGGAGGUGAUAUUUUGGGCCCUUCGGAUGGGAUAGGCGACGAUGGUAUCCCUUACAUGACGUUGUCGUACACAAAUGGUCCAGGAUAUCGGCCCUACGUCGACAAUCACAGAGUCGAUGUCACUAGCGAAGAAAAUUAUCGCGAUUUGAACUGGAGAUCUCACGCGGAAAUACCUCUGGCGUCUGAAACUCACGGAGGGGAAGACGUAGCUGUAUUCGCGUGGGGCCCGCAGAACACGAUGUUCUCAGGAAUGUACGAGCAGAACCAGAUCCCUCAUCUGAUGGCGUACGCUGCGUGUAUUGGUCCCGGUCGACAGGCUUGCUCUUCGGCCACUACUAACGCUCUCACCGCAGUACUGCUUACUCCCUUGCUAUUGUUAAUACGCAAUAUGCUAAAAUAA